UUAUUUUAGAGUAUAACAUGCAUAAAAAUAUCGGAGUAAUUGUUUGUGACGAUGAUCCAACGUUAGGAGAAGAAGAUGGCGUGGGAAGAAUGACAAUCGACCUUUUUAAGAAACACCAAUAUGAAAAUUGGGAGUAUUUUAAAGCUGUGUCAGGACAUCUUCCUGAUAAAUCUAAUCUAGAAAGUUAUAAUGGGUUUAUUCUUACAGGAUCGUAUUGGUCAGUUAAUGAUCAACAUAAGUGGAUCGAAGACCUAAUGGAGUUUAUUAAACUUGUAUUUCAGUUCCAGCAUUAUUCUGAUGCAGCACCAAAACUUUUUGGUAUAUGUUUUGGUCAUCAAUUAAUUAGCAAAUCAUUAGGAGCAAAUGUGAUAAAAAACAAGAACGGGAAGUUCAUAUUAUCCCAAGCAGAUGUUCAAGUCCUGGACGAUCUGCAAAAUAAACAAUAUUAUCGUCAAGUUUUUCACGAUAAACAAUAUAUUAGUGUUAUACAAUGUCACGAAGAAGAAGUGAUUAAUUUACCAUCAAACGCAGUUCGCCUUGCCACUUCAAAAUAUUGUGAGAAUGAAAUAAUUUCUUAUGGAGAUAAAAUUUUAACUAUGCAAGGACACAUGGAUAUUUCAGAAGACCUGUUAAUAGGGCAAUAUCUUCCGACACUAAAAGAUUCUGGUAAACUUGAUGAUGAUGACGAAUCAUUUCUUUUUGAUAGCUUGAACGGAAAGCCUAACGAUUGCUCAAAAAUUGUAGAGAUGAUUCGACAAUUUUUAAAUUUAGACUAGAUAAGUUUACAAAUUUUUUAGAGAAGAUGUCUACACAAAGA